AUGUGCAACAGUUGCAAGUUGAUGAUAUCCAAAGCUCGUUUUUCAAAUGCUUUGAUAUCAACCAACGUUGCAAACAAUGCUCUAAUUGACUCCUUGAAGGAUUCACUUAAAACUGAGAUCCGCGAGAGCAUUCUACAAGAAGUCAGGAAUGAACUACGCUCUAACCCUCCUCCUAAAAACGUUUGUGCCACUCCUACUCUCAAACCAAGAGCUGGCUCUUCCAUGGGAUCCGCUGCACCUACUUCUGCUCAUCUUAAACGUCGUCGUGAUAAACCACUUGUCAUCGAGAACAUCAGUGCACGUCAACCAAACUUAAUGUGCGCCGUGGGUACCGGUGCGGCUAACAACGAAAUCACGAUUCAAAACCAUUUGUUUACGGCAUCUCCCUCUUUCUGGCUUUAUCUUUCUGGUAUUGCUCCUAAUGCGCCUGAAGAAAACAUUCUGCGGUUUGUGCGUUCACAAUUAGAAGCCCCGUUUGGAAUUCAAACCGAACCAAAUGACACCUUUCGCGACUCCAAUUUGAGCGAGGCGACCAACUUCGAUAAUCUACCGUACCUAGAAACUCAACCCGCCACUGCUGCUCCUUCUACGCCAACUCCCGCUUCAUUCAACACAUCAGUUCCCGCUCAUUCCGCCACAAUGAACUCAAACGCCCAGCUAAUGGUGUAUUACCAGAACACCGGUGGUAUGCGUACCAAAACCAAUGAGUUUUUGUUAGCACUGUCUUCAUGUGACUAUGAUGUCAUCAUGAUAACAGAGACUCGGCUAAAGAACGACAUCGGCAACAGUGAACUAGCCUCUAACUAUAAGAUCUACCGUAACGAUAGAAAUGCCAAUACAAGCCAUUUAAGACGCGGAGGAGGUGUGUUAAUUGCAGUUCGACACGGUAUAGACGUAACUUCGGUGGCGAUACCAGGCUGUGACCACCUAGAGCAAGUUGUUGUGCGAAUCAAAGAUCGGUGUCGCAAUGUCUAUUUCUGCUGUGCCUAUUUUAGGCCAAACAGCGAAACUGCCAUGUAUGCGUCUCACAUGUCUGCUCUCGAAUUCCUGAUAAAUAUGGUUAGUAAUAAUGAUAUAAUCGUCGUAGCUGGGGAUUACAACCUACCGAAUUUGCUUUGGACCUUCGACGAGGAUGCAGACGGAUUUUUACCAGCGAACGCCUCCACCGAGCAGGAGCUUGCGGUCAUCGAAUCGACGAUAGCCUGCGGGUUGUCUCAGAUGUGUUCGCUUCCGAACGCCAAUGGUAGAAUACUAGACCUUCUGUUUGUGAAUAGACCCGAUUUAGCUGAUAUUUUACAUCCUCCAAACGCAAUUUUAAAUACCGAUCGACAUCAUUAUCCUACUGUUUUACUGCUCGACUAUUUUUCUGAUGAGCUUACGGAUCCCGUUAGCCCGCAUAGACUAAAUCUAGAUUUUAUGCGCUGUGAUAUCGAUCGUGUUAUGGAAAUGUUACUGGACACAAAUUGGCAAAUACUUUUCGAGGGUCUGAACAUCGAUGUUGCUGUAUCAACCUUCUAUGAUCAUCUCUGGGACGCUUUACGCAUUCACACGCCGCCUAAACGAUUACACCGACACCAGCCUUACAAGCUCCCUUGGUGGAAUUCUGCUUUACGGAGAAGCCGCAACUUAGUUCGCAAGGCCCGCAAACGCUACCUUCGUGACCGAACGGACCAAAACAAGUCAAUGCUCUCAAGGCUAGAGAUUGAAUAUUCGACUCUUCGCAACGCUGUCUUCAACCAAUAUAUUUCUAACAUCGAACGCAACGUAAAACAAGAUCCUUCGACAUUCUGGAAAUACAUCAAUAGCCGCCGCCUUACUAACUGUAUCCCAUCGUCUGUGACGCUUCAAGGACGAACAUCGGAAAGCAUCAAAGAGUCAGCUGACUUGUUUGCUGAUUUUUUUAGCAGCGUGUAUAGCCCAGUCACUCCUGAUUGUAAUAAUGUAUACUUUGAUACACUUCCUAGCUACGACAUCAGUCUACCGCAACCCGUUUUCAGUGAACAAGAAGUUCUAAAAGUGCUAAAUUCACUUGAUCCCUCGAAAGGAUCUGGGCCUGAUGGGAUUCCAACAUCGCUUGUUGUAAAAAUAGCUGCUUCGCUUGUCACACCGCUGUGCAUGAUUUUCAAUCGAUCGAUCUCGGAAGUGCUAGAAGUCCUGAUAUACGAGAGAAUCUAUUCAGCAGCCACUCCAAUACUCACCGAUGUCCAGCACGGGUUUAUCAAGAAACGAUCAACCUUGACAAACCUAAUGAUCUAUGCCAGCGAUUUGCAUUCUGCAACAGGUAAAAAACUGCAAGUGGAUUCAAUUUACGUAGAUUUUGCCAAGGCCUUCGACAAAGUACCUCACAGAAUCGGUAGUCAUCUUGGACCGCUCAUCUUCGUGAUUUUUAUUAACGACCUGGCUACAUUCCUUCAGUCGCCGAAACUGCUAUUCGCAGAUGAUCUUAAAAUCUACCGGACCAUUGAUUCGAUAUUGGAUUGUGUUGCGCUUCAGGAGGACGUCGAUCGAUUAUUAGUAUGGUGUGGAUUACACGGUAUGGAAGUUAACGCUAAAAAAUGUAAGUGCAUAAGCUUUUUUAGGACCAGAGCCUCUGUUGUCUACGACUACGCUUUGAGUGCCACCUCUCUCGAAAGAGUAACCUAUAUUAAAGACCUCGGAAUAACGUUUGACCAAAAGCUCUCAUUUGUUCAACACACCGCGACUACUGCAGCCAAAGCCUUUGCUUUGCUCGGCUUCCUGCGGCGGAAUACACUCAGCUUUGAGGACCCGUAUGCUCUGAAAACAGUUUUCUGCUCAUUGCGAAAGGCUCGAAAGGAUUCAGAAAAAAUUCCUUCGCUACGCACUGCGUCGAUUGCCAUGGCAAGAUCCCGUACGGUUACCACCCUAUUCUGA